AGACUUGGUUCAGCUGCAUUGUGCAUACUUGUCACAUGAACCUCUAAUAGUAUUAAUAUAUAUAAAUUCGAACUUAGGAAGUGGGAAAAGAAAAAUGGGCAGCUCCGUUUUGGGAUGAGCGUCGUCUUUGGAGCUGCUCUUCUGAAUUUUGACUUUUUGGUUAAUGGCGUCUGAAACAGCGUCAACGAUGGACGAAGCCACCGUUGCUUCAGUGGUCACAACAGCAGCUGAUAAGAGAGGCAACCACCGGAUCGUCGCCCAACUCAAGCGUGUUGAACAGGAAUGCAGAUUCUUAGAGGAAGAAUUGGAAGAGUUUCAAAGAACAGAGAAUGUCUCAACCUUAUGUGAGGAAUUGUUGCGCAACAUAGACAUGAUUCCCGAUCCACUUCUCCCACUAACAAAUGGCCCUAUAAACCCAUUAUGGGAUCAGUGGUUUGAAGGACCCCAGGAUUCUCAACGUUGCAGGUGCCAGAUUCUUUAAGUAAAGGCGAUCUAACUUUUGUUGCCAUUUGUUGUGUGAGGCUUCAAGAUAUAUUUCUUAAUGGACACAUUCAUAAGUUACAUCGAAGUUUUUGUUUAGCAAAUGUUUGAUUAAAUUUUCCACCACCUUUGAGUGUAGCUUGAUCACAAUUGAUGCACAAUUUCCAUUCUAUUCUGAUAAA